GGGCGUGCGAGCAUGUGUCCCCAUGUCCUCCUCUCCACACCUCCUGCGACGCUGAAGAAAUUAUAGACACUGGAGUAACAGAGAAAUCGCAAUGACAGAACGCACCUAGAAGAAGGAGCAAAGACUUGAAUCUCGUGCACUCAGCGUCAUGCCGGCUAGGUUUCAGCAGUUGGGAGGGGAGAGAAUAACUGGAACCCUUGCUCUGUCAGUGUUCACAGCUGUACUGGGAUCCCUUCAAUUUGGGUACAACAUUGGAGUCAUCAAUGCUCCUCAGAAGAUCAUUGAGCAGGACUAUAACUCAACAUGGACAGAAAGGUACUCAGAACCAAUUCCUUUACCAACAUUGACGUCUCUUUGGUCACUCUCUGUGGCCAUUUUCUCCAUUGGCGGCAUGCUGUCCUCUUUCUCUGUUGGAAUUGUCUCAGAGUACUUUGGCAGGAGGAAAGCAAUGCUUAUCAACAAUCUCCUUGCAUUUAUUGGUGGAGGCCUGAUGGGGAUGUCCAAAAUCAGCCGAUCAUUUGAAAUGAUGAUUUUAGGACGCUUUACUAUUGGGGCAUACUGUGGGUUAGCAUCAGGAUUGGUGCCCAUGUAUGUGGGUGAGAUUGCCCCUACCAGUCUGAGAGGAGCUCUGGGCACAUUGCACCAGCUAGCCAUCGUCACUGGCAUUUUAAUAGCCCAGGUCUUAGGACUUGAAUCCCUGUUGGGCAGUGAGAGUCUGUGGCCAGUGCUUCUGGGUGUAACGGUACUCCCCACAGUCCUACAGAUGGCGCUAUUGCCUUUCUGUCCAGAGAGUCCACGCUUUCUCUAUAUCAUCCGAUGCCAAGAGCACCAUGCAAAGAGUGCUUUACGGCGUCUGACAGGGCGUCUGGAGGUCAGUGAUGACCUGGCUGAGAUGAAGGAAGAGAAGAGGAGGAUGGACAUGGAGAGGAAAGUGUCCAUUGCUGAGCUUUUCCGCUCUCCUCUGUACAGGCAGCCCAUCAUCAUCUCCAUCAUGCUGCAACUCUCCCAGCAGCUGUCAGGAGUUAAUGCUAUCUUCUAUUAUUCUACUGAUAUCUUCAAGAAGGCUGGGGUGGAGAGUCCAGUAUAUGCCACCAUAGGGGCUGGAGUUGUCAACUGUGCUUUCACUGUGGUCUCGCUCUUCCUGGUGGAGAAAAUGGGCCGCCGGACACUCCACAUGCUAGGGCUUGCUGGAAUGUGUCUCUGUGCCAUCAUCAUGACAAUUGCCCUCACAUUACUGGAGACUGUGCCUUCAAUGAGCUACAUUAGCAUGCUGGCCAUUUUUGGUUUUGUGGCUUUCUUUGAGGUGGGCCCGGGUCCUAUCCCUUGGUUCUUUGUGGCUGAGCUCUUCUCGCAGGGACCCAGACCAUCUGCCAUGGCAGUAGCUGGCUGCUCCAAUUGGACUGCCAACUUCAUCAUUGGCAUGGGGUUCCAGUAUGUUGCUAACCUCUGCGGUCCAUACGUUUUCCUCAUAUUUGCUGUGCUGCUCCUUUUCUUUCUACUCUUCACAUUCUUCCGGGUUCCUGAGACACGAGGGAAGACUUUCGACCAGAUUUCAGCCUCCUUCCACCACCAAAACACGAUGGACAUGGACCUGGACAUGGCUCAAGGGAAGCACAGUACAGAGCUGGACUCCCUAGGAUCUGAUGGGAUAGAUAACUAAAGCUGAAAGUGAGGGAGUUGGUGGACCGGGGCCAGCAUGACCAGAACUGACCUUUCAUAGGGAAUCGGUGAGGAUCAGAGAAAACUAUGCAUACCAAAAAGAGAGCAUGCCAGUUUAGAGGAGAUAAAGGCAUUUGGUCUUAGUAUAUUAAUUAUCGUGGAGAUGAAGUGGGGUGUUGAACUUUGAGGGAAAGUUCAAUGGUGUUUAAAAAGGAGCAAGAGACUUGAUAUUUUGAUUUCUGCACUUGAUAUGCACAAAGGUUUCCAUACUAAGACUCAAAGCCAGUUAUACUUUUACAUACUAUUAUAGUAGACCUUAGUUUGUGCCCUUCAUUUGUAUUAUUUUACUUCAGCCAAAGAAAAAUAAUGAAACAUUCUUUUACGGAAACUCGUUGAUUUUAUUGUAAGAAGCUUUUAAAUAUUUUCAGCAGUUUUUGCACAGUUGAAAUUUUAACAGCAGAUGGUGUAUGAUUGAUAAACGCAUUACAAUCACAUACACUCACCAGCCACUUUAUAAAAGGUACACUUGUGCAUCUACUUAUUCAUACAAUUAUCUAAUCAGCCAAUCAUGUGGCAGCAGUGUAAUGUAUAAAAUCAUGCAGAUAUGGGUCAGAAGCUUCAGUUAAUAUUCUCAUCAACCAUCAGAAUGGGGAAAAAUGGGCUUUCAGUGAAUGAGACCGUGGCAUGAUUUUUGGUGUCAGACGGGCUGGUUUGAGCAUUUGUGCUGAUCUCCUGGCUCCUAUGCAUUUUUUUACAAAUAGUGGUGUAAAAUUACAAAGGUACAGGAGUCCCGCUGAGGAUUUAAACGUGUGCUGCUUGAGAUGAGUGAGAAAAUAAACAGACUGGCCUUUAUUCCUUAUUUCUCAAUUUGUAUUGCGCGUCGCUUGAUGCCAUAUUGAGGUGUGUUGUAUCUAAAGCAUAUCUUUUUAACAUGGACUUCUUUAUAUGGAAUGAAAUGCAUUGUCCUCAAACACUAAUAUAAUCUUGUAUAAAAUCUUUUGACAACCGUUUUAGUUAUUUGUACACAAGUUUGAU